GUGAGAACACACUGGACUGUAAACCCUUCAGUAGCUCUCCAAGGGGUCUCUGCCUCAGUGCGUAAAGUUGGGACGGGUCUCCGGACGCACCGCGCAGCACUUACAAUCGCACAGUCUCCAUGUGCGUCACCUCUGUGGGAUACUUGACAUAAGGAUUUCUGAUAUUUUGACACCACAACCGGCGCGGGUCACUGACAAAUGAAUAUCCUGGCGUUUUUACUGAUGUGAAGGCGUUUUCCCUUGAACGAAUCAUCUGUCCCGGAGCGCAGAGGGGACAUGGGUCAACUUUAUGGUGCGACUCUUUUACCAUUUGGCGCUAUCUGUGUUGUUUUUCUGUGGGAAUCUGGUGCCAGCUCUAUCAGGACGACGCUUGCAGUGGACACCUCGAGAACAGAGUGUCCAGAAGAUAAGAUCUUGACUGUGGAGUAUCCCUGUGUCAGAGCUGGGGGGAAGAACAGCAUUUGUUUCAGGAGGAAAUGCUGUGACGGUUUCAGGUUUGUGAUGGGCCAGUGCAUACCUGAAAGCGUGGAUGUGUGUGCAGCGUCACCCUGUGAGCAGCAGUGUACUGAUAACUUUGGACGAGUUGUCUGCACAUGUUACCCUGGCUAUCGCUUCGACCGAGAGAGACACCGUACCCACAAGUCUCCUUACUGUCUGGACAUUAAUGAGUGUGAGCACCCAAGCAGCAACGUCUGUGACCAUGAGUGUGUGAACACAGUGGGCAGCUUUCUGUGUCGAUGUCGCAGUGGCUACAUACUCGCACCGGACCAACACACCUGCAUCCCUGUGCACAACUUGAGUUCAACGGGGAAGUCAGACACCCUGAUGAGUGCUGGUACCUGCUCCUUCACCUGUCAGGACUUUAUGAACAUGAAAAACAGUCUGCUGCAGCUAAAACUAAGGCUGGGAAACACACAGUCAGCCAACCAGGUGCCUGGCCUGGCCAACAGCAGUGACAAGCCACAUCUGGGGAGGACAGGAAAAAGUCCUGAUAGCCCUUGUCUCCCUGGUUUAUCCGGCCCCCCAGGAGCUCCUGGGGUCCCAGGGCACCCAGGAGAACCGGGAAAGAGAGGGGACCCAGGGGACAGGGGCCCGCCUGGCCCUCGGGGUCCACGGGGAGACAUUGGACCCAUGGGUCCAGAGCCUGACCUGAGGCACAUGAAAAGAGGCCGCAGGGGGCCAGUGGGACCACCUGGAGCAACAGGAAGAGAUGGACAAAAGGGUGACAGAGGAGCUCCAGGUCCCAGAGGUCCACCUGGACCACCCGGCUCCUUCGACUUCCUUUUGCUAAUGAUGGCUGACAUCCGCAAUGACAUAAUUGAGCUGCAGGAGAAGGUGUUUGGGGAGCGGAGGGGCAUCUCUCUGGACAGUCCUCCUCAUUCCAGCGGGGAAAUGGAUUUUGUAGAGUGGGGCUCUGGACAAGGAGAUCUCCUGCUCAGUACCUGACCUCUGACAUCCAGCCCACAGUAGCAGUCGCUCAAACCCAGCAAGACAAACACCGAACUUGACUCUUUCUUUCUUUGUUGAUAAAGGAUGCUGGCGGUCAAAGUGCCAACCUGUAAAUAAUCCCUAACCACACAGCUGUGAUGAACUGGGCAAGGAGCCUUAAUGACACUCUGGACACUGCCACAGACAGUAAAACAGAGAGAUAUACAUGGAUUUAAAAUUGGACUACAGACUCUCUUAACCACUGCAAGCACUGUCUGGCUGUCUCUUCAAUGCUGUGGUGUGGGCAUGGGAUGUGUGUGUGUGUGUGUGUGUGUGUGUGCAGGACAUAGAGUGAGAAAGAUGCAGUGUGUGCCUUUAUGUCUGAGUCUCUAAGCUGUGCCUCUGAGCUGAACCACUUCAAACGAUGAACUUUAUCGUCUACAUCUCUUCCCGUUCCUGAGUCUGUCCAUAGAGGCUCUGCUGCCACUGACAGUUUGCCUGUAGGGCGUUGGUACAAAGACCCAGGACCUGCACUGUGAGCCUCCCCUGCACCUGCCUGCAGUAUCCAGCACUCGAGUCUGAGCUCUGCAGAUGUUCUCCACUCAGAGGCAUCUUCAGAAACUAAUUCAUGGGAUUCAUGAGUGUUACAAUCCAGUACUGUUGGACAAAAACAUUACGGCCUGAUGUAUUUUUUACUGUUCAAUUAAACAACUCAAGUUCAAGUAUAAUGGACUAAACAAAAUUACCACAAAAUAUGUUCAUCUAGAUAUAAUCUAAGAGAGGUCUUAAAUUUGGUAGAAGUCUUUUGAUGGUACAUUUAAAAUAAAGAGAAGCUGCUGGUGUGUGCUGCUUAGAAAUAACAGGCAGUAUGAAAUAUUUCACUUAAAAGUUAUAGAUAUAAAACACUUUAAAUUCAAUUAAAAGCAUUCUAUGGAUUUAUGUUUUGGGAAAGGUUCAGGGAGACAGAUACUCACAUUUUAAAAUGACUUUUAUAACCCGUAUAUUAUUCAGGCAAGUUGACUGUGAACAUAUUCUUUUUACAAAAGACCUUAAAGGACAACUUCGGUAUUUUUCAACCUGGGCUCUAUUUCCCCAUGUGUAUGUGUGCGUAUGAUUC